AAAGCAAAGACUAAAGCUUGCAUUGCUCUUCUGAACGCGGAACCCAAGGAAGAACUAUUGGCAAGGAAAAAAUGGUUGGAAGAUCUGAACAGCAGAGAAGCGAGUAGAAUGCGUUGGGUCGAGGAGCGAUUGGCACGUUUGGAAAUGCAAGAAAGCUAUUUCAAUGAGAAACAUGGUAUUAGCGGUAACUAG